GAGACAGGAUGUCAGCUUUAAAACGACUUCUGGCAAUACAAACUAUACAAGGAUAGAAUGAGUUAGUGGCUACAAUGGAAAACCAGGCAUUCUUGUGGCCUGUGAACAGAUUGUUAUAUACCCAAGUGCAAAUAGCGCUCAAAGCUGUAAAAGUUGGAUUGCCAAAGUAGAGCAAGUGUGAAUCGAGUAUUGUUUACUUACAAGAGCACUAUACGUAUCCACUAUUCUGUUGAAUUACUUUGUUUAUAUGUUAGGUUGAGGUUUGAGCUUGGCGCUUGUGUUAGUCAAAAACUAUAAUGGCGGACGAAGCCGGCGUGACCAAAACACUCGUGUUGGCAACCUCGAUGGCUGUUGUUGGGUCUACGUUUCAGUUCGGUUACAACACAGGCGUCAUAAACGCACCACAGAAAACUAUUGAACAAUUCUACAACGUUACGUUCCUCAAUCGUUACGGUCAUCCAAUUACGGCUUCUACGCUCAACCUGUUGUGGGGAUUCACCGUAGCCGUUACCGCUGUCGGGGGUAUGAUAGGAUCUCUAUGUGCGGGAGUGGCCGCUGAAAGAUACGGCCUCAAGAAAUCAAUGCUGUAUAAUAACAUCACUGCCAUAUUGGGCGCCGCUUUAAUGGGCUUCUCUGAACUGGCCGGCUCCUUCGAAAUGCUGAUUAUUGGUCGUUUCAUUAUCGGCAUUAACAGUGGUAUCAACAUGGGCAUUGCACCAAUGUAUCUUACCGAGAUAGCUCCAGUUAAAUACAGAGGGGUGUUUGGAACUCUGGGCCAAUUCGGGGUGGUGACGUCAAUGCUUUUGUCACAGGUACUGGGACUACGGUGGUUACUUGGGACACCAACGUUGUGGCCUCUACUUCUUGCAUUGACGGGUGUCUUCGCUAUUUUUCAACUUGCAGUUAUCCCAUUUUGCCCGGACAGUCCUAGAUUCCUCUUGGUGAAAAUGAACAAAGAAGAAGAAGCGAGGGAAGCUUUACAAUGGCUACGCGGUAAUCAUUACGAUGUCAAAGAAGAAAUGAAUAACAUGAGAAUCGAGCAUCAAGCUAACUCGACGGAAAGAAAAACAACUAUCAUAGAACUUUUCACCGUCUCCUAUCUUCGAAAACCGCUCAUAAUUGCAAUUGUGAUGCAACUAUCACAGCAAUUGUCGGGUAUUAAUGCAGUGUUCUAUUACUCGACCCAACUGUUCAUAGCAGCUGGUAUUCCAGAAGAAUACACCGGACUGACAACAGUUGGGGUGGGCGUGGUUAACGUUGUCAUGACGAUUGUCAGUUUGUUACUGAUUGAACACGCAGGGCGAAGAAUCUUGCAUUUGAUUGGCUUAGGGGGGAUGUGUGUUUGCUCUGUUAUACUCGUGGUUCUUCUAAACUUGCAUCGUACAACCGUCAUAUCAUGGCUUACACUCGUUCCAAUUCUUCUCUUCGUUGCUUUUUUCCAAACCGGACCCGGCUCCAUUCCCUGGUUUAUCACAGCCGAACUCUUCAACCAAUCCUCUCGUCCCGCUGCUGUUAGUAUCGCUGGAUUGGUCAACUGGCUCGGAAACUUUACAAUCGGACUUGCGUAUCCUUCCAUCAAUGCUGAGAUUGGUGGUUAUACCUUCAUUAUAUUUGCCGUCCUCCUCGCAAUAUUCUGGAUCUUUACUUAUUUCCGUGUUCCUGAAACAAAAGGAAGAAGCAUCAAUGAGAUUACUGCUCUGUUCCAACCUGAAGGGGAAUACUUAGGUGGAAAACCAGAUAAAUACCAAACCAAACUAUAACCAGCAUUUUGCUCGUUGAUAUUUUUGUCCCUUUAUUCCGUAUGACGCCCUCGUACACAGUUAAUAACCAAUCAAGCGUAUCCACUCAUAAUUCACCACUAGGCGCAUCAAGCGAAAGUUUAAAUAGAAGAUUUCUUUUCGUUAAAACGUAUCAGAAGAUGGGCUGCAGUGAGUCUUCUUUGUUACAUAGACACUUGUUGCAAGAAAGUUUAUUUAUUGUCCCAGAAUGAGUCGGUUUUCUAUUUUUCUACAAGAUUUCUGAUUGAUUUAACCCUUGUUUACUUUAUACAAUUAACUUCUAAUAACAAAGUAUUUUAUGUUUAAAUGAUAAAAUCAUAAAUUAGAAAAUUUUAAUGAAAUGAUUGUAGGAACUUACACCAAUUCGUGCAAUUACAUUCCGUAUUCUAAGUUUGAUGAUCUUCCAAACAGUUUUGUUUCAUUAUUUGUUUGUAUUUUGGUUGUUGCUUUCUUUCAUUGUUCUUGUGACGGUCAAACCUGUGCUUUUUCUUAAAGUUUGGAAUGCAGUCCAAUAAAUACAGUAAUAUCUAUCACUAUCUACCACUGUUUGGAAAAUAAAGAUUUAUAUUAAAAGUG